AUCCAGAAUCCGGAUGGUGCGUGGUGCUUUUGUGUCGAAAAUUACGAUUCGCCGUGGUUCGAUUUGCGAUUAGAUUUGGUCGCGAGCGCGCGCCCCCGAUGACGGCGACUCCUCGAUGAUGGGUACGAUGAUGGAAACGGAAUCGGUCAAAUCGGAACCGGCCAGCAAAAGCAGACGAUCGCACCGGAACGCACAGCAGCAACACCACAGCAGCGGUGGUGGCGGUGCCGGCGGAACACUGGGUUCCCACCGGACCGGCCGUCAUUCGCACCGGAGUAACAAUCAUUCGCGAAGCAAACGCCCGGACAUGGCCCCGUUCCAGACGAGCGUCAACAUUGGCGAGGACACGCGCGGUGAUGGGCAGGAGAUCAUCGAAGUGUCCAUAUUGCCGCAGGAUGAAACGUGGGGCGAUAACACGACGGCCAUCACCGGCAACACAUCCGAGCAGAGUAUCUCCAUGGAGGACGUCAGUUACUUCCAGAUGACCGAUGAUCGAGGGGUCGGAUUCGCCUGCCAGCGUUACCUCGAGCGUGGUCUCGCUGUGCUACUCUGUACGGUCGCAUUCAUCGGACCGCUCGUCAUGGUGAUCCUACCGAAAGCGGGUCUCUUCCCGACCGCCUUCGAGAAUCUGGAUCUCACACAAACGGAACGGCUCGCGCUGUUGGCCUGCAACGCGGAGUGCAAGGGUAUGCUGGUAUCGCUGGCCGCCCGGCUGCUGCUACUUGCGAUCGGUCUGUGGGCACUGUUUCUACGCCGACCGAUCGCCAUCAUGCCACGGAUCUUUCUGUUCCGUUCGUCCGCUCUUCUCCUCGUCCUGAUCGCUUCCUUCGCUUACUGGCUGUUCUACAUCGUGCAGAUCACCGAAGGAGCCCGUGCGAUCGUAUCCGGAUCCUCCGUCGUCGACUACCGGACGUUGGUGGCGUAUGCAACGAGUUACUGCGACACGUUGCUCUUCAUCCACUACGUAGCGGUGGUGCUACUCGAGAUCCGUCAUCUGCAGCCACUCUAUCACAUCAAAGUGAUCCGCAGUCCGGACGGAGAAUCGCACAGUUACAGCAUCGGUCAGCUAAGCAUCCAGCGGACGGCCGUUUGGGUGCUGCAGCGUUACUACACCGAGUUCAGCAUCUACAAUCCGUACCUGGAGCGGUUACCGGUGUCGAAAGCGCAACGGAAAGCGGCCGCCGUCUCUUCCUUCAAGUACUACGACGUCGAUGGAGCGACACCGGCCCAACAGCAGACACAAUCCCGUGCCGUCCUAGCGGCACAUGCCCGGCGACGUGAUUCGUCGCACAAUGAGCGGUUCUACGAGGAGCAUGAGUACGAGCGGCGUGUAAAGAAGCGCCGUGCGCGGCUCGUCACUGCCGCUGAGGAAGCGUUUACGCAUAUCAAGCGUAUGCAGGCGCAGGAUAUGGGCGGUGGUGGAUCACAGCAAGGCUCACAGCACGGUGGUGGAGGAGCUGCGGCACCGCCUGCCAUUCCGCUGGAUCCACAGGAAGCGGCCCAAGCCAUCUUCCCUUCGAUGGCGCGAGCUCUGCAAAAGUAUCUGCGAGUGACACGCCAGCAACCGCGCCAUACGGUCGAAUCGAUCCUGAAGCAUCUGGCGCACUGUCUCAAGCACGACAUGACACCGCGUGCCUUCCUCGAACCGUACCUGGUGGAGGCGCCGGUCCUGCAGAACGAUAAGGAGCGACGACAGAACCACAACUGGGCGUUGAUUUGCGAUGAGCUGUUAACGCGACCCCUCUCCGAUGGUUGCACCUUCCAGCUGAUCCAGAACGAUGUGUCGCUCACAGUGUCGAUCAACAGGAUCCCCCAUUUCACCGUCAGCGAAGAGGUGGUCGAUCCAAAGUCAAACAAGUUCGUGCUAAAGCUCAACUCCGAGACGAGCGUGUGACCGCGGUGUCGUCGAUCACGUCGACACGGUUGGGGUGUUGGUGCGGCUUCCGAACCGUACGAGCAGCGUGGCCAGGAGAGGACCGAGAUACUGGCGCAACUGAACCACCUUCUCGUCGCUGGAAGGCGCCGGAAUCGUAAAAUUCAGGAUCGUUUGGUUUGAGCGGCGCCUUUAUGGCAAAGUGUAUUAGGAUUUUUAAGAGACAAAAUCGCAUCCAGGGGAUUGAUGGUUGGCGGAUUGUAGUAUAGAGGAAGCGGCACAUUAGUCGCUUGAAAGUCACGACAGGAGAAGGGAACACAGACAGACAGACAGACAGACAGAGGGAGGGAGAUAAGGACAUUGAAAUGAUUCUUUAAUUGAUGGCAAAUCGGUCAUCAAAGUCGAGGCUGGUCGAAACCGAUCAUCACCGCUCUGAACACGAUCACCCUGGAGCUCUUCUCUGCCUCCCUCUCUCCCUUGCUCUCUCUCUAAUUCGCCAAAGACGGAAAUAGAAGAAGCACACGCACGAGCAGACUUGGUGGCCGAGGCCGGGGUGCUGCUGCUGCUUCCGCUCUAAACAAUCUCUCUCAUGACAUAUCGGAUGGAUGGAGGAAGGGUGGGGAGACCCUGGGUUUAAUGGUAUGUUUUGUUUUCGUCGGAUCUGGUCCCCGAGAUCUGGUCCCCGAAAUGAAGCAACAACAAACACGCAGACACUCAAACGGGCGCGCGCGCCAGCGCUGGACGCAGCAUGGCAUCUAACGAUCGACGCCAAAUGCCACCCAGGAGGCAGAUCGGUCCGAUCCCGGCCGUCCGCCGGAUUAAUUAUAAACCACUGGCGACGCCGGCGUUAUACGUUAAUGAAGACGACGAAGCCGGCACGGCACUGGGUGCCCCGGCAGGCGCGGCAACCGUUUAUGUUUUCUGCCAAAGAUUCAAUCUUUGAAUGCAUCCCUCGCUUCCCGAAUCAAUGUGUGUCCCCACCGGAAUCGAAGCUUCGACACCGUUUGGAAUCCUUUAAUUAUCGAAAGUCGAACAAAAAAGGGGGAGAGUGAACUGGGGAUGGGGAGAAUAAAAACAGGCAAAGAAUUGGGGUUCCUUUUUCCAGCGGGGAGUUGCGUAGUUUAUUCAGAUUUGAGUCCCCAUUUCGGACACCCGGCAAAGUCACCGAUCCGUGUCCCUCUUCGCCAUCCGCCGUCUUGUGAGGUUUCACGGUUGAUUGCCCGGCCAGGCCAGACCAGGCCACUUCUGUGUUUCUCACUACGUGUGCAACGUGUGGCCGUUUGUUCCCAUCGGUCGGUGAUCGGUGACGGAGUCUCCAGGUCGCCGGGAAUGCUAUCAAAUUCCUACUGUGCCCCCACGUGGAAUUGGGAAUCCCACG